GACUAUCUGGUAAUAUGGGCGCAGCACCGGCAGCAGCAGCAGCACAGUCAGCUGACGUCCAGCAUUGCUGACCGUCAUCGAGCCACACUGAACUGUAUACAAGUACACCCAAAAGGCAUCUGGUAGGGGUGUUGGUACACAGACAAACACAGCAGACAAAAUACUAGUGCGUUGUAAUGGCGGCGGAAAUCCACCCAAAACCACUGACGCGGAGACCAGUUCUUCUCAAUAAAAUCGAGGGAUCGCAGGAUGUGGUGAAUACUGCAGUGAUCAUCCCCAAGGAGGAUGGGGUCAUUAGCGUCUCAGAAGAUCGGACGAUUCGGAUCUGGCUGAAGAGGGAUAGUGGGCAGUACUGGCCUAGUGUCUAUCAUUCUAUGCCAUCUCCUUGUUCCUGUAUGUCUUUCAAUCAAGAGACAAGAAGGCUCUCUGUCGGUAUGGACAAUGGAUCCAUCUCUGAAUUUGUCCUUGCUGAAGAUUACAACAAAAUGACUCCUGCCAGAACUUUCCAAGCUCACCAGGGUAGAGUGACAGUGGUUCUGUUUGUGUUGGAGAUGGAGUGGGUACUAAGCACGGGACAGGACAAAAACUUCAACUGGCAUUGUUCAGAAAGCGGGCAACGAUUAGGGGGCUAUCGGACAACCGCCUGGGUAUCUUGUCUGCAGUUUGAUGUGGAGACUAGACAUGCCUUUGUUGGGGAUCACUCGGGACAGGUCACCAUUCUCAAGCUGGAGCAGGAGAGCUGCAGCCUUGUCACCACAUUUAAAGGGCAUACAGGCAGUGUUACAGCUCUCUGCUGGGAUCCUGUCCAGAGAGUUCUAUUCUCGGGCAGCUCAGACCAUUCCAUUAUAAUGUGGGACAUAGGAGGCAGGAAAGGGACAGCCAUUGAACUGCAAGGACACAAUGAGAAGGUUCAAGGCCUGUGCUACGCACAUCACACUCGGCAGCUCAUCUCGUGCAGCUCAGAUGGAGGGAUUGUCAUCUGGAACAUGGAUGUUAAAAGACAAGAGACUCCGGAGUGGCUAGACAGCGAUUCCUGUCAGAAGUGUGAACAGCCUUUCUUCUGGAACUUUAAGCAGAUGUGGGACAGCAAGAAGAUAGGACUCCGGCAGCACCACUGUAGGAAGUGUGGCAAGGCAAUGUGUGGGAAGUGCAGCUCAAAGCGAUCCACCAUACCGCUGAUGGGAUUCGAGUUUGAAGUGAGGGUCUGCGACAGCUGCCACGAGUCAAUAACUGAUGAGGACCGGGCACCCACAGCCACAUUCCACGACAGCAAGCACAGCAUUGUUCACAUUCACUAUGAAGUAACAAGAGGCUGGCUGUUGACAUCGGGGGCUGAUAAGAUUAUUAAGCUCUGGGAUAUGACACCAGUGGUUUCCUGAUGGCUUCCCAAUGACCUUAAAAAGACAGUAUUUACUGAAGCACUGAAAGCUCUGGAAAUACAGGUUGGAGGCGAACAACUACAUUUCAAAUAACACUUUUAAAAGGGACCUUGAAAACAUCAUUGGCGAGGGGGGGUUGGCUUUUGACUGGUAUUUGUACAGCCUGCUUGCUGUGAACCUAAAAAGCAUAUGUUGUAAUUUUUGUUCCGAUGCGGUUCGGCGUUUUAAUGCCCCUCAUCGGGUUUGAUUUCCAGCGGGGAGACAGGAAGAAGAACGGCAGCAUGAGGAGACAGAUUUAUUUUCUUUAGAGCAGGCUGCUUCUGGAACACAACAGUGUCUUAAGGCAUGAUUUCUAAUAUAUGGAAAUUGUUUUAACAGCGUAAAUAAAACAAAAUGAUCCUUUACAGAUUUUGACACUGGAUUGCACAAACCCAUUCAAUGCAUAUGCUGGAAACACAUUCUACAAUCACCACCAUUUAUGACUUCUGACAGCUCUACAGAGAAUAUUUCGGGAAGGGUUGUUUAUGUGUAGCAGUUUGUGUGGGGGGAGGGGGAAACUAAUAGUUUAUAAUAUAAUUAUAAUAUAAUAAGCAAUUGCAUAUUGUUUAAAUGAGUGACUGUAUUUUGUACUUGAACCAUUGCACAUUUAUAUUCUAUUAUUGUUUAAAAAAUACAGAUGAACCCACUUUAUUUCUCGAUUGCCGUGCGGGUAUAACCUGUGGGAUGAACCGGGUUUGACAUUUGCCUAUGACAGCACAUUACAAGUGCGAGAAAAAAAGUAAGAUAACUAACAAUGAAUUGCCAUUUACUGCAGAUGUGUUCCAUUUCUUCUAGCGUUAUUGUAAAACUGUUUGUAUACAAUCUUAUGUACCCUUCAGUCCUUGUUGUACUGGUUAGACUGACAUCCUGAAUGUGCUUCUUUAGAGCAAGGUCACUCGGGCCAUCAGUGGACACUACUCAUAAACAUGAAGCAUCUGAACUUGGAGCUAACCACCUACAAUGAUUGCAAACUUCAUGCAAAAUCAAUGACCGUGAUCUAUUUAAAGAGCUAGUAUCAUGUCUGUAUUAGAGAUAACUAUCAGUGCUUUUUUGGUAUUAUGAACUACCUUGUGCAACUCUGGUCUUCGCAUGGUGCACACUGAUGAAAGUUAGUCACUUGAGCGCUCUUAUAGGCUAACUUUUGCAGACAGUAGCUGCUCAGGUUGUUAGGCUAUGCUUGGUGUCACGUGCAGCAGUGUUAUCUGGAAUGAAUGAACUUAAUGGCCUGUUGGUUAUAGACAUGUUUUACUUUUGUAUAAAAGCCUUUUCAGGUAAGGUAAAAUGGAAUGCAUAUACAACACUGUGACGGUUAAACUGUGAUACUGGGUCUGUAAAUGGCAUUUGAAGUUGCUUACUCUAGUUAAGCCCAAAAAAAAAAAAAAAGGCAAAUAGAUCUACACAUCCAACAAAGACGUUGCCCCAGAGAUUUAUUUCUUAAUCCUAGCAAACAACACAACUAGAAAAAAGUUUAAUUGAAUUUCAACUUGUGAGCUACAGCAACAUUUCAAUAACUUCAUUUUUUGCUAGAUAUAAAUCUUUUCUAUAUAUGCUGUUUCACGCUAUGUGACCGUGGGGCAUGUUGUGUUUUUAAAAUAAAUAAUUAUAUUCAUGACGCUGUUCUGGACUGUAAGAAACCAGCAACAGUCUGUAAAAGGUUCAUGGAUAUCAAAUUGUAUUUUAUUCAUAAAAACAAGACUUAAAAGCAUCUUAAACCAGGCUUAUUAUCUGUUCACCGUGAUGCCUUUGCAACUGUGUAACGUAUAUAUCUCAUCUGUCAUACAUAAAGAAUUACUAAUCAUCAUCUGCAUCAUCUUUCUAACACUUAUGUAUCAUGUCCUGGCAUUGAAACCCUUCUGUAACUUCAGUCUUGUGGCAUGAGAGCCAUGUAAUACUCCAUAUAAACAAGCAAAUGUACUCUGGGUUCAAAAUACAGUAGGUGAGCAGUUCAAGAAGCAUUCCCACUGGACAUUUAUAGCAUAGGUUUCUGUAUGGUGUCUAAUGGGAACAGUGUAAAUGAUAUGGAAAGUAAGGGUUUAAGUAUAUUAAUACUUUAUUUGU